CGAAAAUAGGAAGCCUCAAGAACGUCUAACUAUCACCACUGACCACUGUAUUAAUCUGUAAAUAGAUUAUGAAUAAAUAAUUCCUGGUGAACAUUGACUAGUGGAGCCUCCAAAACAUCGAUGAGAAGUAGAGAAGCAGAAGAAAUGAUAUUAACGAAGGCCUAUUUGAUACCAGUUAUCUUUGGAUUGUGGCUCCCGAUCACAUUCAUCAUAACAUAUGUGAUAGCAGUUCUGAAAGACCAUGUCAAACCAAUCCUUCCUUACAUAAGUGACACUGGUGGUCGGGCACCAGAAAGUAGCAUAUUUGGGGUGGCGCUUACUAUAGCUGGAGUUUUAAUGAUAAUGACGGUGUAUAUCAGAUUCAGGCAGGUGAAGAACCUAGUUGAGGAAAGAGAUUUGGGUGUUGUGACGAGUAGGCUGAACAAUUCCGGUCUAUACAUGGGGGUGUUAGCUACCUUUGGCUGUUUGAUAACAGCCAAUUUCCAAGUCACUAACGCUUUGCCAGUACACAUAUUUGGAGCGAUGAUGUGUUUUGGACUGUUGAUAGUGUUUCAAAUAGUUCAAGUAAUCAUAUCAUUCCGGAUGUAUCCUACCUUUGGAAGUAAAGCAGUCAACAUCAUUAGAUUGAUUUUUGCUCUAAUGAGUUCGAUAGGUCUUGGAAUUAGUAAUAUAGCAGGAAUAAUAUCUUUGAUGGAAUCUGAAGGUGGGGACAUGAUGAAAUGGACGAAAGAUGAGAAAGGUUAUUUUAUGCACCUCACCAGCGUAAUCGUGGAGUACAUCGUGUUGUUUUCCACCAUUUUUUUCAUCACCACUUUCACCGGGGAAUUCAAGAUGGUCCACUUUCAAGAGCCGGUGCUGAUAGUUUCUUAUGUCCCCAAUGGGUUAGAGAGGAAGAUAUGUACAAAGCAGGGUGGCACUUGAAGAAGUAUAAGCAUUCGCCUGAUAAUUUUAGAAAACGAUCUAGGUCAUCAUUGGCCUGGUACAGGGUUUCUAUAAAUGAUCCUAACAUCGUAGUAGCCGUUGAAUUCGAAUUUAAUUUCUGACAUCAAUCAUUAUACUGUCAUAGCUGAUAAACUCACAAUGGGCUUAUAUCACAAAAAAAUUCUAUUCCAUAAUUCGAUAGAACUAUCACCCAAACUAGCUCACCACAGCAAACAGUUUAUCGCUGUGAGCUCCCU